AAGUUUGAAGAAUCUGAACUAUGAGUGGAAGUGAAGAGAACGUUGUCCAGGAAGAAGAUCGAGGAUGAAGAGAUUGGCUGAUGGUUUCCUUACAUCUAAAGUGGUUCUUCAGGUGUCUGGAAGAGGAAUUUUGAAUUAAAUCACAGUAUGACCAACAAGGAAGGAUUGAAUACAUUGUGUUAAGUGUCUGGACAAACCUGGACACGUGUCCUGGUUUCCUGCUGGCACGUGCCGCUGUUUAGAAGUAUUUCCUAGCACGCGCUGAGGCCACGUGUCACGUCGAUGGUAUCAGUGAUCCCCGGGACGUGAUCGAGGGUGCUUGCAUUGGAAUUCGUUGGAAAUUUCAACGAAAACUGCCUGCUGAUCCCAGUUUAAUUGAAUCCAUUCAAUGUCCCUUGCAUUGAGUUUGAAGAAUUGUCUCUUCUGCGUUCAAAAAACCCUAUAUAGCGUUCCAGGAAGCACUCAGAAAUUACACAGCAGCGUCGUCCGUGAUCUCAAUAAUCUGUUCAAUAUUUCCUGUAUUAGGUCGAAGAUAUUGGUUCUUCCGCGUUCAAAGAAGACUAUAGUGUCCAUAUAGACAGGGCUCAGAGGUUGUAUAAAAGCAUUGUGACUGGUCUCAAGGAUGCUUCUUGUAUUAAAUUUGAAUGUGCAUCCCCUCUGAGAGAUUCUCAACUAGAAACUACAGUGUGAAGUCAAACGUUCAAAGUAUCCUGUAACUCGUGAUGGAAACGUUUGGAUCUCACUUGAGAGAUUCUCAAGUAAAAACUACAGUGUAAAAUCAAAUCUUCCAAAUUUCUACAUCGAUCUAAAUAGGAUUAAUAAACAAUCUUAUAAACACUAUGUAAGAACAUUUCAAUGAAUUAAUUUGAACUAGUCAAAGAUUCUAGUCACUAUACCAAAGAAUUUAUCUGAAAUACACACGUACCAAAGAAAUUUAAGUAUAAGACAAGCCUCUUCAAGAUGUAUUCUAUGGAUAAUUUGGAAUUAGACAUGAUGAAUCGCCAGUACAUGUACGAGGCUCAUAGUUUCCUUGGAAAUCCUGCGAUUCCAGCUCUGCCACCGCAUUGCGGAGCACCUACCACGGCUACGCUGCCUUCGAUUCCGUCGCAGCUAGCUUCUCAUACUGCUGGCAGUACUGGAAGUACCAGUGGCAGUGAAAUUUAUUUAUAUGACGAAAACAGCACCGACAAUGAGAGCGCUUACAGCAGUGACCAGGAAAACCACACCAGAGAUGUAAUAAUGAUUUCUAGACGAAGUCAGAGCAACAGAAGAAACGGGGCAACGGGAAAAAGUCCAAGGCAGGCGGUGCAACAGAGGCAGGCUGCCAAUAUGAGGGAGAGGAGACGUAUGCAGAAUAUAAACGACGCCUUCGAGGGCCUUAGGGCUCACAUACCAACUUUGCCCUACGAAAAGAGACUCUCUAAAGUAGAUACAUUAAAAUUGGCGAUCGGUUACAUAAAGUUCCUGAACGAACUGGUCAGAGCUGACAAGGGCAACGAUCCUCUGACAGGGAACGGAGGUCUCUCGAGGUGUUCCGGUCGAGACGACACUAAGAAGGUCAUAAUUCGUGGCAGCGAGGGGAACCCAUUCAUUUUCCAUUCUUUGUCCUGGUCUAGGAAGUCGGACAUCUCCCCAAAUGGGACGAUGUACGCGAAAGUCUGGACCCCGGAGGACCCAAGAACAUCAAAGAAUGGCUCGACAUUCGAAUAAAGUGCUCAGGUGUUAAUUAUUAAGUGCGUCGAGCCUGUUAUUUAGUAUCUAAGGACAGAAAUUUCUAGUCAAUCAUUCAUUUUUCCUAAUUUUUAAUCGUACCAAAAGAGCAACAUUUGUUAACAAAAAGAAAUUAUGCUAAUUAAUUAUCCUGUAUCUCUAGUCGAUUUUAACACGGUUGGACAGUAUUAUUCAAUUAUUAUUGUUAAUAUUAUUUAAUUGUCCUAUAUAUAGACAGUAUCAUUCUUUAAAUUAAUGUGUUAAUAGAAUUUCAGAUAGGGAUUAAAUAAGAAAUUCCUAUAGUGAAGAAAUUCCUAAUGUGAAGAACAUGUGUAACUUCUUUCAGUUUCUUUUUAGACGUGCUCAAAAAACAGCGAAUCUACGCUUAGUAAAUGGAAGAAGAAAUACAUAGAAAUUCUGUCAGGAGUCUCUCUCUUCUCUUAAGUAAUCAAUUGAUUUCUCUAUUGUCUGACAGAAUUCAUGUUACUAUUGUACAUAUAGAGUGAGUAAAAAAGUGUAAGCAGAUGUUGUUUGUACGUGAAAUGUGAAUAUGCAACAGAAUGAUUGUCAAUGUGAUUGCCAUCCAAGCCAAAUAAAGUAGGUUCUUCAAGUUUCAAA